CCUUAUCGCUCGCCCCUCGCCCGUGCCAGCAACCCCCGCCACCGCCGCCGCCCUGCCUCUCGUCCACCCCUCCGCCGCGAGAUGUCGCCGGCCCCUCACCAUCCUCUAUCCACAGCGCGCGGGGCGUAGCCCCCCUCUAGCGCCGCUCAAGGGUGAAGGGCCCAUCCGCACCCUGAUGUUGGCCACCUCCACCAUGCUCUGAUGCCCAUCCUUCGUCAUGACCCCCUCCAGUUCCAUUACUGACGGACGGUCCUCUUCAUAGGCAAGGUAGAGAUGGAGGACAGCAAAACACUAACACCCGAGCCAUGCCACCACCAAUCUAUUCCUCCAAACCCUUCUGUACAUGUGCGCUACACAUACAUGAGGCUCCUCCUCCUCGUCAACCCCACAUGAUGAGGCGUACUUCAGAUGCAGCGUGCUCAAGUGUAGGAGAUUGUCAAUAUCAUCUUGUUGAAUCGAUGUGGGGGAGGAUGUCUACUUGGUGAAACAUCCAAAAAAGGGACUUUGUCCUUUAUUUUGAAUCCUUUAUCAUUCUGUUAUUAGUACAUUGGGGAUGCAUUAUGAUUGUAAUAAAAUAUGUUCACAUUUGUUCUUAAGGUGAGCCACAAGAUUCAGGAAUAUCAUUGUAGAUUGUUUUUGAAUUAGGCCACCUAUCCUAAUUUUUCGAGUUUGCAUGGGCCUGCGAUGCAUUACGGAGGCAUUUGGAGGUAGCAUUUAUCUUUAUACCAGGUCAGUAGUUUUUAAUGGCCUCUGCUUUUGUUACUCAAACAUUUAUGACAUGAAAAUGCAGGAAAGGUUAUUCGUGCACCUUCUGGAAUGACGCAUGAGAAAAUCUCUCCAGUUCAUUAUGAUGAGGAAUUAGGAAAUUCCUUAUUCAAUGGCUUGCCAAAAUGUCGUGCGGUACUACAAGCAGAACGCCGAUGAAACAUGGUUCGACGUCUCGCUGAAUAGCCUGCUUCCCGGCUCAGUCCUCAAUUGCCAGCGCCAGGUGUCAGGAUGUCUCAUCCAGAAAAAGCCUAAUGGCUACUCAAAGAUACGAAAUGGCCAAGGACUGCUGACGAUGAUGACGACAUGGCCACCAUCGCCGCCCUCUGGACCUCAACAACCAUCCAUAAGAGAAACGCCAAGAAAGAAGAUACAACUGUCUAUAGAAACAAUAAACAAUUUUUCUUCUCGGACUGCUCAAUCUGAUGAAGACAAAAGCUCCCAGUUUGAACAAAGCUCUUAUGUUGUGAAUCACUUGUGGGAGUUAUGCGAAGAGAAUGACAUAGAUAGUGCUACUGCACAAUGUAAUUGUUAUUGCUCUGAAAUCAUGUAAUUGUAUAGGGAACUGAUGCUCUCAACCCCUUGUCUGCUUAGGGAUGUUGUAAAGUUCACCGAUUUUUAUGCUUCAGAUUGUUAAAAAUAACUUGAUGUUGAUCC